AUGCUCACCACUAAAAGCUCUCUUUUAACCCUUCUUGUAUUUCUUCCCUUCAUCAACUCCGCGGAGAAUAAUAGUCGAGGUGUUACGAUAAUACUUGAUACCCCUACUGGGAAUACUACUGCGUCCGGAGGAAAAUCCCAACUUAUUGGUGUAAUUCGUAAACUAGCUCAGCGUUAUGGCGAAUCACCGGCGAUUCAGAGAAUUCAGGAGAAUCGUGGUUACACGGUGCUUUCUGCUUAUUGUCGUGCUUUGGCUGUUGAACGCGCUGCUCUGAUUGGCAUUCUUCCUUCUCCAGCUGCUCCACUUUUUCAUUCUCUUUCGUCGACAUUUGGCUAUCCUUAUAUUACUUGGGAUGAGGCUUCUCCUAUUCUUGAGCACCCUUUAAGAGACGCAGAAGACAGUGGAUGUAAACUCUUCUCAGUUCGACCCGAUAUCACCCAACCUCUUAUCGAUUAUAUUGUAACUUGGCAAUGGAAGUCGUUUGCUUAUCUCUACGGGUCAACGGAUGCUUUUAAAAGACUUCAAUUCAUAAAUCAAAGGAUUGCUGAUUUUGAUAUUUCCCCCGGAAGUUCCAUUCCACGACCACCUUCCGGAAAACCAGCUGGUAAAAUACAACCACCAAUUGUUAGUGGACUUAUUGACGUUAAUGACGAUGAAUUAAUGCAUUCAACACUGAAGUCUAUCGAUGCGCACCUAUCUUUAAAGUCUGAUAGGAAUGUAAUAAUCGAUUUGGGAAAGCCCAAAAGCAGCCAAUCAUUAUCCGGCAUUGAGAGAUUAGAAACACUUAUAACGUGGCUUAGACGGAUGGGUAUGAUGCGAUCAGAAUAUAGCUAUCUUCUUGUGGAUUUUGAUAUCUAUGAACUCAAUCUGGAAGAGUAUCGUCAAAGUGGAGUCACUUUAAGAGGAUUCCACUUCUUGGAUUAUCAAAAUGACGUAGUGGUCAAAUUCGCUGAGGAAUGGAAAGAUGUUCCAAUACCACUUCAUACUAUUGCUUCAAUCAUGGAUGCGCUUGAAGUUGGUAGAAGUCUUAAAAAAGCAGCUGAGAAUGGUUUGUGGAAGAGUCGGGAUUCUACGAUCAAAUCAAAAUGCUUCACCUCCUCUGGAACCUUGGUCAGUGAUUCUUUACUUCAAAGGUGGCAACCUGGAUUAAGAGUAAAAUCUUGGUUAACAACAACAGAAAUUAUUGGACAAACAGGUCUUAUUAAAUUUGAUGAGGGAACAUGUCAAAGGACGGAUUACAAUCUCCUUUUGUCAUCAGUCUUUGGGGAGAAGAAAAAUCGAACUAUUGCAAAAUGGAGUCGACACUCGGGAUGGGUCCUACCUUCUAUGUCCACACAUUUAGGCUUCUCGAAUAGAAUGCCAUAUGCCGGAUUAAGAGAGAGAAUGUCUGAGCCUAUAACUUACAACAAUCUCUUGGAAAUUUAUCGUUUAAGAAAUAAAACUCUUCGCGUUGUAACAGUUUUAUCCAAACCCUUCAUAAUGCCUGCUAGUCCGGAGGUAAGCGAUGCAAAAGACGGUCGAGACAACUUCGUGGGAUAUUGCAAAGAUCUUGCUGAUUACAUUUUUAGUGAACUGAACUUGAAUUACGAAAUGCAUCUGGUGAAAGAUAACAAAUUCGGGGUCAUUGACCCAGAUACUGAUGAAUGGAAUGGUAUGGUUGGAGAAAUACUUCGAGACGAGGCAGAUUUGAUUAUUGCACCCUUGACAAUGAACACAAUGCGAGCAAAAGUUAUUGAUUUUUCAGAGCCCUUUAUGAACUUUGGUCUGGCUCUCAUUAUCCGCAAACCUGGAAAGACAAAGCCCGGAAUGUUCAGUUUUCUUUCACCUCUAAAGAAUGAAGUGUGGUUGAGAAUGGCCGCAGCUACGAUAAUUGUCGGCUUGGGCUUAUGUCUUAUUGCUGCAAUUUCUCCCAAAGAACGAAAGCCUGCAAACCCCGCCUUGGGUUUUAAUCUAGGAAAUUGUAUUUGGUUUUCUGUGGCCUCUUUUGUACAUCAGGGUAUUGAUAUCUUUCCUAUUUCUCCCGGUGCACGUGUCUUUGCUAGUAUUUGGAGGUAUGUAUGUCUCGUUGUGAUGGCCUAUUACACGGCAAAUCUAGCUGCCGCACUCUCGAUUGAACGCUUGAUUUCUCCUAUUAAUUCUAUCAAGGACUUUGCAGAAAAGGAGGAUUUACCUAUCCAAAUUGGAACCCUGGAUUCAGGAGCUACAAAGGAUUUCUUUACGCAUGCUAAAGAUAAUCUCUACAGGACAAUAUUUAAAAGAAUGGAAAAAGACCCAUCGGUGUAUGUUCCCACACUGGAAUCGGGAUUUGAACGUGUUCGAACCAAAUCAUAUACCUUUGUCGCAGAGUCGAAGAUGAUUGAAUAUAUCAAUCAUAGGCAACCAUGUGAUACUAUGAUGGUGGGAAGUGUAUUUGGAAGCAAGGCAUACGCUGUAGGACUACCAUCAAACAAACCAGAGAUGAGGAUAUUCAAGGAGCAUGUAACCGAUGUUAUUCUACGUUUGCGGGAGAAUCAGGUGCUGGCGAAAUUGUACAAAGAAUGGUGGAUUGAGAAGGGUGAAUGUUUGCAAGGUGGUGAACAGCAAACAAGCGAGCCUCUGGCUCUCAUCAACCUAUCCGGUGUCUUUUACAUUCUGAUUGGUGGAAUGAUUCUCGCCAUGGUAGUUGGUGCUAUUGUCUUUUUCUUGAAAGUAAGAAAACUCGAUAGUGCCAAGAUGAAAUGA